GACAAGAAAGGCGCUUAGAGCCUCUUUCUAGUGCGCAUGCGCACAAAACAAAACGCGCCAAAUUUAGCGGGAGGGAGCGGGGAGGCCGUGCCAGAGCUUUGUCUGAUGGAUGGAUGGAUGGUGUGUGCAGUGUGGCUCACUCCCCCUUAACGUGAGCUUAAUGUCAGUCCACUUCCUCCUCAGAGCGGAGACCAGGAGCUUAUAGCGCGCGCGCGCACACACUGAGCCAACUGAACUCCUCUAGCUCUGCUUCAUCACCGGGAUGGCGCGGCGGCCGCGGCACAGUGUUUACAGCAGCGAUGAGGACGAUGAUGAUGUGGAGAUUUACGAUCAUGACUAUGAUGCUCCAUUAACCAAAACAGGAAAACGACACCUCGGCAAAACACGAUGGACGCGCGAAGAGGACGAGAAGUUGAAAAGACUGGUGGAACAUCACGGAUCAGAAGAUUGGAAAGUCAUCGCCAACUUUUUGCCUAACCGCACAGAUGUCCAGUGUCAGCACCGCUGGCAGAAAGUCCUCAACCCAGAGCUCAUUAAAGGACCCUGGACUAAAGAAGAAGACCAGAGGGUGAUUGAGCUGGUGCAGAAAUAUGGUCCAAAACGCUGGUCAGUGAUAGCAAAGCACUUAAAGGGGCGUAUUGGCAAACAGUGUCGCGAACGCUGGCAUAAUCACUUAAACCCAGAGGUAAAGAAGACGUCCUGGACGGAGGAGGAAGAUCGUAUCAUCUACCAGGCCCACGAGAAACUCGGCAACCGCUGGGCCGAGAUUGCUAAACUGCUGCCUGGCAGAACCGAUAACGCCAUAAAGAACCACUGGAACUCUACAAUGCGCCGUAAAGUGGAACAAGAAGGUCUGCAGCACACACCUAAAGUCAGCUCAUCGCCGAUAACCAGCGGAUACACGAAACCUUCACACCUGCUCAGCUACAGCCACACCCCAACCAGCAGCUCCAUGCCAGCCAGCCCCAUCACUAACCAGUACCCGUACUACAUCCCCGACCCACAGCGCGUGCCGUUUCCAUUGGCUCUGCAGCUAAAUAUUUUCAACAUCCCUCAACACGGCACUGCAGCUAUACAGAAACACUAUAAUGAAGAAGAUCCCGAGAAAGAGAAAAGAGUGAAGGAGAUUGAGAUGCUUCUGAUGUCGACAGAGAACGAGCUGAAAGGACAACAAGCACUACCCAUCUCUAUGGCCAGUUACACAUGGGGUCGGGGCUCUUUGACUGACACCUCAGUAGGCGUGGCUGUCUCCGUCCCAGCCCCACCCUUAGAGCAAGGCUGCCUUCCAGAGGAGAGCGCUCACGGCAACACAAACAGCCCAAACAGUAGCAGCGGUACAAACGGCGGCAGCAGUGCAGGCAGCAGUGGAGUCUUGGCAGCUUUACCAGAGUUCAUUGAUGCCAUUGACUCUUUCUUAAACGCUUCCGUGAGUCCAGACUCGGACAGUCAGAGUCUACCGGUCUCACCCUCCUCAGCCGUGUGCUCCCAGAAGCCACUGCAGCCCGAACUUGCUCUGCACCACCAGAAGGAGAACGAUAUGUUCAGGACUCCGACUCUAAGGCGCUCCAUCAUGGAGUGUUCUCCUCGCACUCCUACUCCAUUCAAAACAGCACUGACCCUGCAGGACACCAAAUACGGACCACUGAAGAGGGCUCACAGCCCUCCUGUAGAUGCAGUAGUUGGGGGAAUUAAACAGGAGCCUCAGGAAUGUGAAGUUAGUGUCGGAGGAGCACAUCAUGACCAGCCAUCGCUCAAAAAGAUUAAACAAGAGGUUGAACCAACAUGUCUGCAGUGGGAGGGACAGAAUCUUCACGCCCAGCUUUUUCCUGCAAGUGGCCCCACCCACAACAUGCCAGAUCUGUUGACGAGCUCAGCGCUGAUGCUGCCCGGAUCAGAGAAGAGCGAGAACGGAAAUAAAGCCGCUCAGAUCCCUCGCAGAACUCUGGGUAGCCCGGCACAGCACGUGGGCACAUGGGAACAGGUGCUUUGCGGGAAGACCGAGGACCAGCUUCUUCCCUCUGAGCCGACACACAAAUACCUCAACAACUUCUGCUCCCGCACGCUGGUCAUGUAGGAGACACGGGGAGCGUCGAGGAGCGUCGGGGAGCGAGGUCAAGACACAGAAGACAAUCAUUCUGCAAUAAUGGAAAGAGAAAACACUCCAUGGCCACUCCUAAGGCGGGGUUGAGUCAUUGUGGUACGUGAUUUGGGAGAGGCGUAGAGCCAUUCAUUUGACUGCACAGCAAUCUAUUAAGUUGUGCUUUUCCGUGUUGGAUGUCAGCCAACCAAAGAAAACGAAACUCGUUUUGUUUUUCUACUUUUUCUAUAUUGUUUGCGAUCCUUUAUUUUUUAAUAAUAUUGUAUUAUAUAUUUUGUAUUAUACAUGGGGAAAUGAACUGUCUAUGAGGGCUCUAAUUGUAUGGAUUUUAAUAUAAAUAACAAUUUGUAAUAAUUUAUUAUUUUGUAUUAAGAAUAAUUAAAUAUGACGGGCGCAUUUGUCAGUGUUGGACCCCAGUAUUCGUGUAUCCUGCUAAUCUCUAGUGUGCGUUAACUGUAAGGAGCGUGUUUUCCUUCGAGCAUUACCAUGAUUUACACCCUGUAGCCCAGCAGUGCUGCCUCAGAAAUGACACAGAAUGAUGUUUAAAAGUGCGCUACAUAAGACUCAUUCCGAACCAGUCCACUGAUCAGAGUACAAGUGCCUCAUAGUACACAUUGCCAAGUUCAGAAAUAAUGUGUGUCCUUGUAAAGACACUCAACAUUUCACUAGUGUUACCAUUUCAGAAAAAAAAACAAAAAACAAAACUCCGGGAUAUCAAGCCUCGAUAUCAACAAAGCUACAAAGCAAGAUUUCAAUUGAACAAAAAUAAGUGUUUUUGAUUUACUACCAAGCUAAAAACAAAACGUUUACCAAGCAUGCUUUCAUAUCAAAGGCCUCAGUGACAAAAAAGAGCUUUUGAUCUGAUGAGACAUAUUUUUUUUACACUUAAUUUCAUAACACUGUUUUUUAUUUUAUUUUUUUUUUAUAAUCCAGCGUGUCAACGGUAUUGCUAGUUUUAUAAACACUGAAAUUCUUGUUUGUUUUUUUUGUUUUUUUAUAUAACUGUGCCUUUUGUUUGUGAUGUUAUGUGCUUUUGAGACCAAGACGAUCACGGCCAAUCAGAAACAUUUAGCGGUAACAUUUUUGUUAUUUGCUGCCUUUUUUUUUUUUUGUAUUAGCGCAAAGUACAAACACUUUUUUUUAUAUACAACAAACAUUUUCUACACGUUUUUUGAUAUGACCUUUUUUUAAACUGCCAUGUGAAUAAAGUGUGUUUUUGGAA